CAUGUCUGGUUUUGUUGCACACACAUGCUCUGUUGACAGCCCUCUGCGUGACGAAAAUCGUCUCUACCACUGGAUGGCUCUUAAUGAGCUUAAAUCCAACGCCUCAAAUCAGACCAUUAAGACCAAAUCAUCACGAAAUUUAUGACGACCUUAAAAGUCCAUUCUACAGGCCAUGAAUGAUCCGCUGUGCCCCAAGUAUGCGGAAUCGGAUAUAAAUUACUCUCAUGAGGUCAGCUUGUGCUCGCUGGGAUUGUUCUCUCAAUGCCUCUCAUUCAUUGCUUCUUUAUGUUCCUUUCUUUCUGGCAACACAACUGACUAUGCGCAAAUCUGUUGCAAAGAACCGCUUGACUCAAUAAACGGUGUUGCGCAAAUUGCCAUCUCCAAGAAGAUCCUCGUAGCUUUUGGAAUGCAAGAUACUUUGCCCGUCAUACCUAAGAAUCACAGGCUUCUGGGUCUCGAUAAUGCAUCAUGGAUUCCUCUAUUAAGCGUACCGCGGCCCUGCAAACGACCGCCUUCUACCUCGCCUCGGAGAUCCUCGGUCUCUAUCUUAAAAUCAACAUGCUCGAGGAAUGCCAAGGCAUAUGAGGCGUUACAGGACCUCAUGGACAUCAUAUCAGACAACAGCACGUUUCCCGAUCCUCCCUCAAUGGGUUCGUACUACAAAUCGGGCGAGGAAUUCACUCUCUGGAGCUGUUAUGUGCCCCAUGGACCCAUAGUCUCCAUGCUGAUUUCCCCGCAAUACUGCUGAAUGAUCUGACUUGAGAGGAUCCUAUCAGUACGACCUCAACGAAAUAAUGUGAUUGAACCUCUUGAGAAUGAGGGCGAGAGCAAAAGUGAUUCCGACGACGAGAAAACAGUCAAGCGGUGGAAAGAGCAGCGCUGCGUCAAACGUGAAUCGCUUAGCUGACUUAACACGUCCCCCAGAUGGGCGCUGGAGCUGACUGCUGGACGACUGUAGUACCAUACAAUCGAUCAUGUUUUUAGAACGCUGCUGGGUUGCAGCAUCCAAAGAAUGUGAUGCUGGAGAUGAAUAAUGUAAAACAGAG